GCGGCACGUUUCGCAAGAGAAAAGUGGGAUGGCAUGAUUAAACGUGAAUGAUCGGUUGUUCCAUAAACGCUUUGAAGAUUUGCUAGGUGUGCUUUUGUUUUAUUUUUCCAUACUUCUCUUCUCUUUUUGCGUCAAAAUUGGCGACCUUGCGAGGCCAUGCUUGGAAAGUGAGCGACAUUCGGGAGUCCCCCCCGCGCGCAGUGAAGCAAUCGAGCGGAUAUACAUACAAGCAUACAUACAUACAUACAUACGUACGUGCAUGCAUACGCACGUGCGUACAUUCGGACGAGGCGCUGAGAGCCCCCCGCAGAGAUACUGACCGCGGCGCGCAAUGGAGGAAGACUCCUUUAAGAACAGACUGCUGAAGCGCAACAUCGACAUAUGGAUAGAGAAGUACCGCCCCGAAUACCUAGACGAUGUAGUGGGAAACCCCUUCGUCAUAAACACCCUCAAGAGCAUCAUCGUGUCGGGGAAUAUGCCCAACCUCCUCCUGGCUGGCGCCCCGGGGACUGGGAAGACGACGAGCAUCCUCUGCCUGGCGAGCGAAAUGCUGGGGGCUCAGGCGAAGAAAGCCGUGCUGGAGCUGAACGCCUCAGACGACAGAGGAAUUAACGUAAUCAGAGACAGGAUAAAAAGUUUCGCAAAGGAAAUUAUAAGUCUCCCACCAGGAAAACACAAAAUUAUUAUACUAGACGAAGUGGACUCUAUGACCACAGCAGCACAGCAGUCAUUAAGAAGAAUCAUGGAGCUCUAUUCUGACACCACCAGAUUUGCUUUAGCGUGUAAUCAAUCCGAGAAAAUAAUUGAUGCGCUUCAAAGCAGGUGUGCCAUUAUCCGGUACUUUAAAUUAUCGGAUGAUCAGGUUUUGAAGAGAAUUGUAAAAAUAUGCCAACUGGAAAAUAUAAAAUACACAGACGAUGGGUUAGAAACCCUCACCUUUAUAGCAGAUGGGGACUUACGGAAGGCAGUCAAUUGUCUGCAGUCCACUUACGCAGGGUUAGAAGUGAUAAACAAAGAAAAUGUGCUAAACAUCUGUGAUAUUCCUUCUCCUGAAAGAAUUGAGAAUUUAUUAAAAUUUUGCAUCAACAGCGAAUGGAAAAAGGCACAUGACAUUGCUUACGACAUGAUAAGGGAAGGACACACCCCUUUCGAUGUGGCUCUCACUUCUUCAAAUGUGCUGAGGAGGUACGACCUGGGCUCUGAGGCUGUGCAGAUUGAGUUUUUAAAAAUUGGCGCCAUGGCUUGCAACACCAUGGCCAGUGGUCUGGCCAGCGUCAUCCAGCUGGAUAAGUUGCUCGCCGACUGGUGCAUAGCGGCGAAGGCCUUCCGCACCAAGUGCUGA